AUGAGCUCCCCAGAACUUCAAGUUGUUGCUGAAGAGAUACAUUUUCAAGUUCCACCUUGCGCUGAAUAUGGAGCUCACAGCACCAAUCUCGAAAUAUACAGUGGUGGCUUCCCUCCAGCUACCUCAACGACAGUCACAGGAGAGAUUGUAGAGAUGCCCGAAGCGUCUGCGGUAUUGAAGCUGUUAUUGCAUUACAUGCAUAACGAACGUCAACCGGAUUCCUCGAAAAUUACUUUCAACGUUCUAUACCCGUUAGCGGAGGCGGUUGAGAAAUACAUGGUCUUUUCCGCGAUGGAGGUUUUCUCUAGGGAAGCGAUUCCUCAGCAUCCUGUCGAGGUUUUAUCCUAUUCUAUCAAACAUGACUACCCUGAGCUUGCCAAGAUCGCUUUGCCACUCACCGUACCGAUGUCUUUCGAGGAAAUAAACGAGGUUUUGAAAGAUAGGCCUGACAUCGUUUUGAAAUGGGUGGAGUACCGGGAACCUUGGUUUGACGUUCUGAAAUCUAUCUACAAAGAACCAGUCACUGGCAAGCAACACAAGGGGGGCUUUUCGGAAUGUGGUGUCUGGGCUGCUUUCUAUCGUGGAACACUCCAGGAAGUUGCUGGCGACGUCGGGAUGGCUCAAAAGUUCUCCUCUGUUGUCCAACGUAACCAGCACUAUAUCCAAAGCUGUCACUAUUGUACAUCAAGAGCUUCAGCCUGGGUCAGAGCGGUCGAGGACCGAAUGCCCGCUCCUCCUGAUAUCAGCUGGUUGAGGGGAUGAACUCAGCCUGGAGGCCACAAGAGAAAAUUUUCGUGUAUCUGUUUGGUAUCUGUACCGAAUGGCCUUGCUAUGCUAAGGGAAAAUACAAUUUUUAUACCACU